UUUACUACCUAUUUUCAUAAUAAUCGCUUCGUUUUUGAGCUCAGAUCAUUUUGCCGUGUUUUAACAUUACAGAGAUUGCUUUCUCAUGUUAACUUGAUGUGAAGUUUAACGUGAGCAUUAGUGCUCGACAACGUUAGCUAAACGAGGAGAAAUCACUAACGUUAAUCACUUUUUAGAUGCUGUGGUGCACCAAAAUGUUUAGCUUAAGUUAGUUUAACGUACUGGGAAGGUGAACACAUAGCCUAACCUUAACUUAGAGUUUAAGGAUCACAUUUUAAACGUAAAUUAUCUUAUUUUUGUAACCAAAUCAAGUAAUUGACACCAGUUAAACUAGCUAAGUUAGCUUAAUAUCAAAUAUUUGUCCACUAUAACGUUACGUUAGCUAUCGUGACGAGCGGAGUUUUGCGCCACAUGCACUUGACUCUGUAUUGAGUUAGGUUAACGUUAGAAUAGAUGGAGGCCACAUGUACUUGACUCUGUAAUGAGUUAAAUUAACAUUAGGAUUGAUGACGCCAUUUUGAUGUGGAUGAGCGCCUUAACAGAACUGUUAAACUGUUAUUACAAAUUAAAAAAUUAGUGAAAAAAGUUAAUUCAUGUUGUAUAGUGCAUUUGGUAACACUUUAGGUUCCAUGGUGGUUAUUACUAGAGUGUUAGCAAUGUGUUAAUCGUUUUAACGUUAGUUAUUCGCAUAGCCUACGCAUCACAUGUUUAGGCUAGUUAUUCAUUAAUGGAAGUUCCAUCAUUAAUGAAUUACUGCACAUGAACAAAUGAUUAAGUAAGGGAUAAUGUAUAGCGAGGAGGUUGUUAUUGAGAAAUACAACCCCGACAGGCUGCAAUCGGGAGCCCGACGCGAAGCGAUAGCUUAUAUUGCAGAUUCUUUAAGCUCAUAUUUGGGAGAGACAGAGGGAACAUCAGAGUCUGAUGACACAGCAGUGUUAAUUAGAAGUCCUCCUGAAAAAAAUCGAUCUGAGGAACGUCGUCUUGACCAAGUAAGGAUCACAAUCUUGCCUCUAAAUUACAUUUAUAUAGAAUUACUUAAAUAGUAAAGAUAUUUGGAACUAUAUACACUUGUCAGUUGUUAAUAAUUUCGCAUCUCUGCUCGAUUUUAAAUCAUUCCCCCCUCCAGAUGAUUGAAGAUAUACUGAAGAGCAGCCCCGGAGGCGAGAAGGUCAUAAAAGAAUACACACGCACUAAAAGUUUGUCAGAUAGCAGAAGACGUGACUUGGUGAAAAUAUUGGUGGCCCAGAUGACAAAUGAACAUGGAACAAGCCCUUCCUGACGUUUAAAAGAAGAAUAUGCAAAGGGAAUCAUCACCCUGUUCCCAUGCUUGGCUGACCCAAGGAGCAAGCUUGGAUAUGAGCAUUUUUACAAUGCAGAAGAUGGAAGUGGAUAUCUGGCAUGGAGAAUAAAAACUCUGCAGAAAGAAGCAUCAGAGGGACGGAUGAAACGGCCACGACAACCACAAACAGGUGGGCCAACUACUGACAGAGAUCCCUUCAAAGAAGACACCUGGUUGAAUGAUGAACGUCAGUGUCAGGAAGCAAUUGCCCUGAUGAAACAUACAGCUGACGAGGCAGUGGUAAAGGAAAAGAUGAGGUUAACACUUGCCUAUCGCCAGAAGAUGCUGCAUGACCCUAAAGAGUCCUCUGAUAUUCUUUCUAUUUUCCCGCAUUUCAUUGAUAUACCAGGCUUGAUUGAUCAAGAUUUUGGACUUCUAUUUGGUGAUGCGACCUCUGCAAAGGUGUUGGAGAAGUGGUCUACCAACAUAAAACCAAAGGUUAUUGCACAGAGCCGUGGCCUCACACAGACUAGUGAGCUCCAAGACCUCAUCCAAAAUGCUGAAGCCACUGAAGUUGAAGAAGGUUGGGACAGCGACAUGUCUUCCAUUCUGAUGCUGGUUCACCUUUUGCCACCCUCAAGUCAAGGCCGCAAAACACCGGGAAAGAUCUCAGCGAGAAAAGCAUGUGAUUGUCUUGUGAAAUUCAUCAAGACCGGUACCAGUAUCCAAGGGCACUUGGAUACCAUUGGAGAGAGCCUCCAGCCAUAUCUGCUUGUUGUUGGGCCAAGGAGAAGUAGGGUCCAGUCUUGUUUUAUUGUUAUUGACAAACAUGCUCUACCCUGUAAGGCCUCUAAUUCACUGGCCUGUGUUGAUGAGCUUUUCAAAGCUCACUUUGUCUUUGGCACCUCAUACUGUCAGGAACUUACCAAUGUGUACAACUUUCUGCAAACCACUGUCUAUGACAUAGAUGUUGAAACCACCAAGGUGAAUCCUAGAGUGGCUGAGUUAAGAGCUAGAAUGCUCCAGUGAGCAGAUGAUUUGUUUCAUAUGUAAAAGGGGGCAUGCUAGUGCCAAUGCCCUUAUAAGGCACUUUAAGUUAGUUCAUGGCCUUUGUCCAGGACAACCUCUUUGAGCAAUGUGCUCAAAGAGGUUGUUCACAUGUUUACCAUAGUUUUUCUGGAUUACGAAAGCAUCUCAGCAAGUGUUGUGCGAUUGACCGUUUACACCUCGAUUAUGGUGAAAGCUCAUCCAACGCCAACUCCAUUUCACUAGGGGAUGUAGGUGUUUUACCAAACCAAAAUUCAACUUGUGAGUCUGUACUCCCAAAAACAAAUAUAGAAAACAGUUGUGCAACAGUGGUAGCCGAACUUAAAGUUGCUGGUGUCGCAGAGACAACUAUUAACUAUGUUGUUAGUGCUCUAGAAGAAGUGGUUGGAGACGUUUAUAGUCAAACACAAGAGUCUGUGAAAAAGAGCUUAUCUUUAGAGGAGCCCAUAAAAAGUUUGGUUGAGUCUCAAAUUGAUCAGUGUUUUGAAAAAAUGCAAAAUCCUUUUGUGGCAUUAAACACUGAGAGUAAGAGAAUGCAGUACUUUUCGGACAAAUGGGGGAAAAUAGAUCCUGUUGAAUAUGUUCUCGGUACAAGAUUUGCUACACGGCGUAAUAGAACAAUUGGAACUUUCGCCCAAACCAUUGUUAAGGAUAAAUUUGUAUAUAUACCAAUUCUUGAGACAAUACAGUCGAUUUAUAAGCACCCUAAAAUUAAAGAUAUGAUGAUGAGGGAUUCACAACAAAUACCAAAUUUUCUUUAUGACAUACAAGAUGGAGAAUUAUUUAAGAAUCAUGCGCUCUUUUCAAAACAAAGACAUGCUGUUCAGAUCCAGCUUUUUUUUGAUGAAUUUGAAUGCUCAAAUCCCCUUGGAUCAAAAAAGGGAAUACAUAAAUUAGGAGCUAUCUAUUUUACCCUUAGAAAUAUUUCCCCUAAAUACAAUUUUGUUCCGCUUGUUCAGGAUAUCUCAACACUGGAAACCAAUGGAAUUCAGAUUCCUUUAUUUGAUCAUACAGUUUAUGGAACCAUUGUCCAAGUUACUGGUGACAACCUUGGAGUCCAUUCCUUAUUUGGUUUUGUAGAAUCUUUCAGUGCUAGGUACUGUUGCCGCUUUUGCCUACUAGAGAAAGAAGACUUUCAGACAGAGUUCAGUGAAGAUAGUCCAAAGAUGUCAGUGCGAACUAAAGAACUUCAUGCUGAACAUUGUCAGAGUAUGCAGAACAAUCCCAGUCUACCUUAUGUAAUGGGAGUAAAAAAGUCUUGCCUUUUAAAUUCGUUGCAAUAUUUCCACACGACUGCAAAUUUUUCAGUUGAUAUCAUGCAUGAUAUAUUAGAGGGUGUCGGACAAUAUGAAAUGAAAUUACUCCUUCAGCACCUGAUUGACAAUUACACCACACCAGCAGAAGUACACAGAAGAAUUCAGAGUUUCAACUAUGGCUUCUUGGAACAAAACAACAAACCUCCUGGUGUAGCAUUAAGAGAGGGUUCCAAUGACUUGGGCUUAAAUGCCACCCAGAGCUGGUGUUUACUGCGUCAUCUACCCAUUAUGUUUGGAGAUCUUGUCUGUCCUAAUGAUCAUCACUGGUAUUUGUUUAUUUUAUUGCUUCAGAUAGUCAAUAUAGUGUUUUCUUCAGUUAUAUCCACUGGUAUCACUAUUUAUUUGAAAUACCUGAUUGCAGAGCACCACAGUUUGUUUAAGCAUUUGUUUCCUGACAAGAACUUGUUGCCAAAGCAUCAUUUUAUGGUGCAUUACCCCAGUUGUAUGCAGAAAAUUGGACCAUUGCUACAUAGUUGGUGCAUGCGUUAUGAAGCGAAGCAUAACUUUUUUAAAAAGCAGUUGAAAAGCUUUAAAAACAUAACAAAAACAUUAGCAAAAAAACACCAGUGCCAAAUCGCUUACAUUUGGCAAACAUUUGAUCCAAAUGACAUGAAAUUAGGUCCUGGGAAAAUGACUCCCUUAAAUGAAAUGGAAGUUGGUGCUGAGAUUGCGGAGAAACUUAAUGUACCUAUGUGGACUAAGGUUCUAAAUGUAAAAUGGGUCAAGCGCUGUGGAAUUACUUACCGUUUAGGAUUAGCAGUUUGUGUUCAAGUUCAAAAUGAAAUGCCUGUAUUUCAUGUAAUCCAGAAUAUUGUUAUCAAAGAUGAGCAGAUCCUUUUGAUUACAACUGCACUAAAAACGUUUUGUUUAGCUGAACAUGUCAAUUCUUACAAAGUUGCACAUACUGCAGAAGCACCUUCUGUUUUGGAGAUUAGGGAUAUUUUGCACCACAAGUUGUUUGAUAUUCUUAUGUCUUAUGGUUUGGAUUCUGAUUUGUUUAUUGUACCAUAUUGUUUCAUAUAAUUCUUCAUCCUUUCUCUUACAUUAUCACUA